GGCGCGCCGCCGCAGUGCGCAGAGCAGCUCUGGUCCUCACAGCCCGUGCACCGGAGGGGCGCGCUCCCGAGCUGGUGCAGUUUCCCAGCGCGGUGCCCGCCCCUCAUCCUCCUCUAGUCUCCCUCCCCUUGCCGACUGCCGCCCCAGGCUCCGCCAUGGGGAAUGUGCCAUCUGCGGUGAAGCACUGCCUCAGCUACCAGCAGCUUCUCCGGGAGCAUCUCUGGAUCGGGGAUUCAGUGGCAGGGGCGCUCGACCCCGCGCAGACUUCUGAUCUAACAAACCUUCACUGCUUUCAGCCCUAUGUCUCUGGUCUCUCAGUCACCUUGGCAGGUUACGUGGCUUUUAUCCACUGGGAAACAUCCCAGUCAUCUGGACUCCCUGAGUUUGUUAAAAUAGUAGAAGUUGGACCCAGGGAUGGAUUGCAGAAUGAAAAGGUUAUAGUUCCUACAGAUAUAAAAAUUGAAUUUAUCAAUCGACUUUCCCAAACUGGCUUGUCUGUAAUAGAGGUGACUAGCUUUGUGUCUUCCAGAUGGGUACCACAGAUGGCUGAUCACACUGAAGUAAUGAAAGGCAUUCGUCAAUAUCCAGGAGUUCGCUAUCCUGUCCUUACUCCUAAUCUUCAGGGUUUUCAGCGUGCUGUUGCUGCUGGAGCCACUGAGAUAUCAGUUUUUGGAGCUGCAUCUGAAUCCUUUAGCAAGAAGAACAUUAACUGUUCCAUUGAAGAAAGCAUGGGAAAGUUUGAGGAGGUUGUUAAGUCUGCAAGGCACAUGAAUAUUCCAGCACGAGGGUAUGUGUCUUGUGCCCUGGGCUGUCCAUAUGAAGGAAGCAUUACACCACAAAAAGUGACAGAAGUGUCUAAGAGAUUGUACGGCAUGGGUUGUUAUGAGAUCUCUCUAGGAGACACAAUUGGAGUGGGAACUCCAGGAAGUAUGAAAAGAAUGCUGGAAAGUGUGAUGAAAGAAAUCCCACCGGGUGCUCUUGCUGUUCACUGUCACGACACAUAUGGACAAGCCUUAGCAAAUAUCCUUACGGCCCUUCAGAUGGGAAUUAAUGUGGUGGACUCUGCAGUAUCCGGAUUAGGUGGUUGCCCUUAUGCAAAGGGUGCUUCUGGGAAUGUAGCCACUGAGGAUUUGAUAUAUAUGCUUCAUGGCCUGGGGCUCAAUACGGGUGUGAAUCUACACAAAGUGAUGGAAGCUGGUGACUUUAUUUGCAAAGCUGUGAAUAAAACCACUAACUCUAAAGUAGCACAAGCCUCCUUCAAUGCUUGACUUCAGUGGAUUUAAGAGUUAAGGUUGAGAAGAUCAAUUUCAGCUACAAUACUCAUCUGAAAAUCAUUAAUGUCAACUUGCUCUGAUAUGUGAAAUAAUAGACAAGGGUGGCAAAAAAAAGAGAUACUUUUCAAAAAGAUUAUAACUGGAUAGAUUAAGUCAACAAAAAGCAGUAUCAGUCAUCAGGUAAAUGGCAAGCUGAGGAUAAAUAAUAAACUUGUUGUCAUACUUUUGAACCUGGAAAAAAGUUCUCUGUUGCGCUUGUAGAAAUAACUUUUUAAUUUAGUAGACUGGAAAAUCGACUUCAUAUUUCCCCAAGAAUCAGAUACUGUGUUAAUACUUAAUCAGGCAGGCUUAGCACAGUGUACACAUUGUCAGUAGUUUACGAGCUCCUGCGUAGUGUGCAGAGUGUGUGGCCUCAAUAUCAUUCGUUAUGCCUCUGGAUCUCAACUAUUCAUUUGCCAAGUCAGUUAAGUUAUGGACCAAAAGCCAAAUCUCCAUCUGACCCUACAUAAUUUUAGCAAUAGAACUUUCAUAUUUCGAGUAUGGCUAACAUCUGUUAACUAUUUCAGUGACUUUAUCUGCUUCCAAGAGGCUGUGGCCAAUGGCAAGAUGCCACAUCCUGGAAACAUAUUACAACCUCCUGUGUUUGUUACAUGCCUCCAGUUUACCAUACAUUACCUUUCAUCACUUAUAGUAAAAACCAGCAUGGUGUUACUCAACUAUUGAGAAAUUGUAAGCUAUUAUUUUUGUCCUGAUGUCUAAAUUGCAGUGAUAAGAAUAGGUUGAUACAGGUAUCAUAAUCUGCUUUUAUACUUUUCAGAUCACUUUCAAAUAGCAGAAGGAAAUAUCAUUGUAAUCCUAAGAAUAUUAAGAUAGUUUUAAGUUAAUGAAAUGCGUGUUUUCCUUUGAUUCAUGGUGCUUUGAUUACAUCACACAAUUUUGGGGGAUUGACUAUUUUAGUGGUUAUUUCAAAAGUUGAAGUGGCUGAAAUUUUGUUUAUUGUCCUAGAAAUUACUGCCAGAAACUAUAAGCUUUAAUAUAUCAAAGACAGAGAUGAGGAGCAGGAGAACUAUUCAAGAAAAACAUUUCUGUAACCUAUGCAAAUUUUAUGGGGGCAGUACUAUGACACAUGGGUCUGAAAUGUCAGUUCUAGUAUUUAUUUAGGCCUCUCUAGUAAUAGCCAGGUGAUAUGAUCUUUGAAUAAAUUUGAAUAAAAAUUGAAAAAUAGAAAUGAGUAUUGUGAACUUUCUAGGAAAUAUUCAUUAAAACCAUUGAAAAAAAUAAAUUCAAGAAA